UCGACGUCGAAAGUAGUCAGUUCUGUUAAGGCUGUCGAGCCGAUCGGUUCGGUCCUGAUGCCACCAUGGCUUUCGUAGAGAUCGCACUCUGUGCAUUUAUUUUUGCCGUGUCCUCGGCUAUCGCGACCAACGAGCCCGACUGCGAUUGGGAACGCGUGUUAAGUGUCGCCGACGAACCCGAAGUGACAGUGUCGUUGCAGUGCAAAUUACGUACCAUCGGAAAUGCGGAUAGCGUCUUGUCCAACUUGACCUCCGCGCAAAUGGAUAUGAUAACGACUCUCAAGUUAGAGUGUAGUGACGUACUUUUUUUCGAAAGCUCCCUCGAGCCGAACAGUUUUAUGACCCAGCUUCACAGGUUGAGGGAUUUGCGUUUAGAAUUUUGUAAAAUCCGUUAUGUACCCGCGGGCGUGCUCACGACGUCGCGGGAAUUGAAGAACCUCGUCUUGAGGACUCAUAACACCGACUGGUCGGCAAUGACGAUGGAAUUCCACUCCGACGCAUUCAGAGGUUUGACACAAUUGAAAACAUUAGACCUUUCGGACAAUAAUAUUUGGAACCUCCCAAACGAACUGUUUUGCCCGCUUUAUUCUCUUACUCAUCUCAACAUGUCGCGUAACCGGCUUCAAAAAGUGCUCGAACUGGGUUUUUCCGACUGGGGAGCGGGUCCUACAGCGCCUGGAAAAACGUGCAACGUAGGCCUGGAAGAGUUGGAUAUAUCCGCUAACGAAAUCUCGGCGAUACCCGAUAACGCGUUCACCAGUUUGAGGUCGUUGCAAAAGUUAUUGUUGCAAGAUAAUAACAUCGAAACAAUGGCGGAUCGCGCGUUUGUCGGACUAGUAUCGCUGCAAUAUUUGAACGCGUCCAGUAACCGACUUGUUGCUCUUCCGCCGGAACUGUUCCAGUCUACUCGCGACCUGCGCGAAAUCUACCUUAACAACAACACCAUCAACGUCCUCGCCCCCGGCUUGCUGGAAGGUUUAGACCAAGUUCUCGUGAUCGAUCUUUCUAAAAACGAACUGACGAGCUCCUGGGUGAACAGAGACACGUUUUCCGGACUCGUCCGUCUCGUUGUCCUGAAUCUCGGUCACAACCAACUUUCAAAAAUAGACGCCCAGAUUUUUCAAGAUUUGUACAGUUUGCAGAUAUUGAAUUUGGAGCACAACCAAAUCGAGUGCAUCGCGGAAGGCGCUUUUGUCACCCUGAGCAAUUUACACGCCCUCACACUUUCUCAUAAUAGGCUUACGACAAUCGAGCCGUUCCACAUGGCCGGCUUGUACGUCCUGAACCAGCUGUUUCUCGAUCAUAACAAAAUCGACGAGAUUGACGAAAAAGCCUUUAAGAACUGUUCUAAUCUCCACGAUCUCGGAUUGAGUGGAAAUUCGUUGAAAGAAGUCCCAGCGGGGAUUUCGGAACUGAGAUUUCUCGAGACACUAGACCUCGGAGAAAAUAGAAUCACAAACAUUGUGGGCUCUUCGUUUCAAGGGUUGGACCAACUUUACGGGCUCAGGCUUAUAGAUAACCAUAUUGUGAAUGUGACGAAAGACACUUUUUCUACGCUCCCCUCGCUACAAGUAUUGAACUUGGCUUACAAUAAAAUCGAGCACGUCGAUAAAUCGGCGUUCGGUACGAGCUCGACGUUACACGCGAUUAGACUCGAUGGAAAUCAAUUGAAGGAUAUCAACGGGAUGUUUAUCAACUUGCCUGGUCUCGUUUGGCUAAAUAUUUCCGACAACCAAUUACAGUGGUUCGAUUAUUCGCUUAUUCCGCAGAGUUUGGAAUGGCUGGACAUGCACAAAAAUAACGUGGCCGAUUUGGGUAAUUAUUUUGGAAAAGGCGUUAAUCUCGAGAUAAAGAUGUUGGACGCGAGUUUUAACAGAUUGACGGAAAUCAACGAGAAUUCGAUACCGGACAAAGUAGAAAGUCUUUUGUUAAACGACAAUCUGAUAAGAAAAGUCAAACCGGGCACUUUUCAAAAGAAAGCCAAUUUAACUCGAGUGGUGCUAUACGCAAAUCAGAUCCAGACGAUUGAUCUCGCGGCUUUGAGGCUGGAUCCGGUGCCCGAAGGUAAAGAACUACCACAAUUCUACAUCGGAAACAAUCCAAUUCAUUGUGAUUGCACAAUGGAAUGGUUGCAGAGGAUCAAUCAGUUAAGCCAUUUGAGACAACACCCUCGUGUUAUGGAUUUAGAAUCUGUGACUUGUCAGUUGACGCACAGCCGUGGGAGCCCGACAAAACCGCUUAUGGACCUCAAGCCCUCGCAGUUUUUGUGCCCGUACGAGACCCACUGUUUCGCCCUUUGUCACUGUUGUGACUUUGACGCAUGUGAUUGUGAGAUGACGUGCCCUGCCAACUGUACCUGCUACCACGACCAUACCUGGUCCGCCAACGUCGUCGAUUGUUCCAACGCCGGUUACAAUACCGUGCCGACCAAAAUACCUAUGGACGCGACGGAGAUUUAUCUCGACGGUAACGAUCUCGGCGAGCUGGGAAGUCACGUAUUCAUAGGUAAGAAGAAAUUGGAGGUUUUGUUUUUGAACAACAGUAAUAUCGAUUCCUUACACAACAGAACUUUUAACGGAGUCACCUCACUCAGGGUCUUGCACAUGGAAAACAACCAUUUGCAAGAAUUGAGAGGUUUCGAAUUCGACCAACUAGAAAAUCUGAACGAACUUUAUUUGGACCACAACGAAAUCAAACAUUUGGGAAACAAUACUUUCAAAGCCAUGAAAACUCUAGAAAUUUUAAAAUUGGAAGCCAACAAUAUCGUCAAUUUCGAACCUUGGGAACAACUCUCUUCCGAAACUCUCGCCACCGUUUCCUUGGAAGGAAACACAUGGACUUGCGCGUGUAGCAACAUCAAUCACAUGGAGGUAUGGCUUAAAGAAAAUACAAACACUCUCAAUGCCGAUAAACUGUUGUGUUCUGACGGUAAAACGACCGUAUUAGACGCAAUGAAAGCUUGUAGCGAGGCCAGAGAUACUGCUGCGGCGACUUCCGCCGUACAUCGAAAUACGUUUUACAACACGGCUAUACUCGGAGAAGACUAUAUACCGUUUGUAGCCGCCAGCCUAGUUGUUUUCAUAAUUAUACUUAUGCUUACGAUUGUCGGUUUUAUUUUCCGUAAAAACAUGAGCCUCUGGAUACAUUCCAAAUACGGCGUCAGAGUUUUCGGAGAGGGUUCGGAUAGAGAAGACGACAGAUUGUACGACGCGUACAUGGUGUAUAGCGUCAAGGACGAAGAAUUCGUGAGCCAAGUGAUAGCCUCGAGCCUCGAAAGAUCGGGCUACUCCUUGUUUCUUCAUUAUAGAGAUCUUCAUGUUAUGAGUCCUUCGUACCUCACUGACAGCAUCUUAGGAGCUUCUGACGCGGCUCGAAGGAUCGUUAUCGUCCUGUCACUCUCCUUCCUUCAAAACGAAUGGGAGAGGCCACCGUUCAGAGCGGCUCUUCAAGCCUGCUUAGAAAGGACUCGUUCGAGAAGGAGUAAAGUCAUACUCCUCCUGACGACCGACGUCGGACCCGAUCCGGAACUGCAGCUCCUUCUCAAAGCCUGCAAAGUCAUCUCCUGGGGAGAGAAGAGGUUUUGGGAAAAGCUGAGGUACGCCAUGCCUGACGUACAACGGAAGAGUCAGGAAGGGCUUAAGAAAGUCGUCGUCGAAGGGAAAGGGCCCGGCGGCGCGAGGUACACCGCAGCACCGACAUCGCAAGAAACGUGGUACCGGAUGUCGCCGGCUUCCUUGACCCAAUCUUCCGCCCCGACGCAGUCGACUUGUGUCUCCGAAGAGUCUUCCCAAAGGACGACCGACGAAGAAGAAGAGCCCCAUAGUUACGUUUCUAUCGACUACCAACAGCGGCCUCCUCCUAAGGUCCAUCAUCACGUCUAUAGCUGUAUACCGGACCCCCAGUGUCCACAAGGCGGCAGGACGUAUUUUGUUUAACAGGUGUGCUGUGAACUGAACUUCAGUACUGUUCGUGCUUGGCAUUUGUGAUUAUUUAGCCUGUGUAAGUUUCCGCUUCUAAAUAGUGAUAUGUUAACGAAUUAGACGACUGUAAAUAAUCUAUUUGUCUAGAAGGUAAAAGCCUUGUUAUGAGAUGAAAAAUAUAAUAUUUAAGAAAAAGGAAGGAUUCAAGAAAAUGAUAAACUAAAGAUUACCAGUGAUUUUUUGUGUGUAUAUAUGUAAUUUUUUUGUUAUUAAUUUAUUAUUUAUAAUUUCCCUUGGACUGUGUAUAUUGUCAUCUUAAUAUAUUUUUGUCAAAUGUACAACCUAAAGUUUCUCGAUAUGUAUAAUAUUUCUUUUUUACACUUUUUACCGCUACUAUGUACUUUUUAUUUUAUUCAUGUAAGCUUUCAUAAGACUGAUAAACCUACCUUUUGGUACUCGCCUCUCAACCUUCCACAUGUCGUUUUAUUAUUGUUUAUUAAUUUUAAUAUCUAAUUGCAAAAUUUUGUAGACUCGUCUAGUUGUUAAAAAUAGUCGACAGACCUAAGUUUUUGGGUGGUCGUCUUUCAAAACCCUUCCGCAAGUCGUUUUUUAUUUUUAUUACUUUUUAAUAAUUUUUAAUGUGAUUACAAAAUUUGGUAGACUUAUCUAGCUGUAAAGAAAGGCAGUCAUCUCUGGGGCCGUUUUCGACCGGCCGUUGAAUUGUUCCUAUAGUUUGCCUACUCCCAAAUAUAUUUUUCACUUUUUCACUCAAUUUGCGCUUUCGUCUAUUUCGCAGUGUUAUUAACGACUAUUGUACAAUAGAAUACAAACCAAUCAGAAAAAAAUAUUAAACCGUGUGGAACAUGGCCACAAUUGGUUAUAAUCGAAUUAUAAUAUAUUUUGAGGUAGGUUACUAUGAGGAAGGAGAUGUUUAAAUGUUUAGGUUGUACACUAGUCUCAUUGUAUAGAAACAAAUUGUAAAGUAU